AUUGAGGCAUGCGGUGCAUUAGCGUGACGACCAAAGUCAAUAAUGCAACAUCUUGGUGAUGGAUUGAAGCAGGCAGCACUUUAUAAAGAGCCGGCAGCGAAAUGCAGCGACCACAGUCAGAAACACUUUGCUAAACUGAAAGACGUCUUCCAACAUCUGACAAUGCGAGUGCUUAGCGUCGUCCUUGUUUUGGUGCUCUGCAUGUGCAGAGAAGCGCUGAGUGUGCAGGUCAAGGUCGGGGACCGCAGCUACCCCUUAGAGGCGGUGAAGCAGCUGAAAGACCUGAUGGAUUCAGAAGUCGAACUAAUGCCUCGCCUCUCAGAGACGAGCUCUGCAGCCAUCUGCACCCACCCUCUCCUGCCACAGAUCUUUCGGCCAGUGUGCCAAGGGAAGGGAGCGGAAAUGGUUUUCUCAAAGCUGGUGUACAUCAUCACAUCUUCAGAUCCUUGUGAAAUAUGUGCCAACCCUUCCUGCUACGGGUGUCUCUGAACUUGGGCUGCCAUCUGCUAGACACUCAAGUGCAUCGUCUGGGAGCCUCCUGCGGUUUCAACCUACACCUUCACUCCACAUCUCUAUUUAAAACAUCUAUGGCUGUAACAGAGCACAUCCUGUCGCCCAGCAACCAAGUCCAGUGGUCAAAGUCGUCUCAGUGGCCACACUAGAUUUUGGAAAGUAAAAUCUGAUUGAUAUGCCAUUUUUAUAUUUGUUGGUUGUAGUUGAUUAUCAGUAAAGCAUCGACAUUUUAAGCAUUUAACUGAAUGAGUUUUGUGAUUUUGUCAGUAAUUGUUUUGAUGUAACACAAUAUAAUUUAAUUGAGCCGGAAAACCAAUAAAGAGGGAAAUAUAAAUUA